UCUUGUGGUCCAGUACCAGACUCCCAACGAUUUCCAUUAGACAACAACCUCGUCCACAAACAAUCCAUACCUCUCUAAAAAAAAAAAUGAACAAGAUGAUUACCAUCACGCUGUGCGCUGUUCUCGCUGUGGUUACUGCUCGUCCUCAAGUGUUCCAAGCAACUGGAACUGGCUCAGGCUUUGGAACUGGUGGUAAUCCUUUGUUUGGAAAUGGAGCUGCUCCUCUUUUAGGUGGGGCUGGAGUUCUCCCAGUACAGCCAGGUGGCCAACUAGCUUUCCCUGGUUUGAAUUUUGGUACGGGAUCCGGAGCUGGAGCUGGAACGGGUAGCGCUGGUCCUGGAGGAGUGUCAGCUUCAGGGGUUGGCAUUGCGAGCGCACAGGACGGCGGGGCUGCAACUGGAUCUGGAACAGGCACGGCCGCUUUGGAUCUCCUAAGUGGACAAGCAGCAGCAACUGGUACUGGCAGCGGUAGCAGCGUCGGAAAAUAAACUCCGUUAUUUCUAAGUCAUUUCUUCGGCAAUCACUGUGUGACGCACAUUGAAUAUUUGUUAAUCACUUCUCAUUUCGAAAAUUGUUUGACCUCAAUAAAUUUGUAGCCUGAUAUUGGGCAAGUUAAA